GAUUUGGACUGUUUGAAAUAUAAAUUGGGGCAUUAGUUCCAACCUCUUCCAAUUCCAUAAUAAUAUUACAAUUUAAAGACAUUUGUUUCAACCUCUCUGUCUCUAGCUUAAAGCUUGGAUCACAGUUGAAAUUCUCUAUCAAGUCCCUAUAUACUACUUUUAUCAUCGUUCUGGAUAUAUAUAUAUGUGUACAUGAUAAUAAUGAGUCACACAAGCAAGUAGUGACGGUAUUCAUCUUCACUACUACUAAGAUAAUUUAUGUAGAAUGCUCAAGUGUUGAUACACUUGAGUAUUGAAAGAGUGCUUCAUACUAAGUCUCUACGAAAGGGCAUUCGCGUCAGAGUAUGAUGAUAAUGUCGAAGUGUCAUUCACUAAGGUUUCUACUGGUGGUCAGUACAUUCAUUGUGCUCCUCAAUAAUCUAGCAAGGGCAAGCGUUCAUCACUAUACAUUCAUUAUUGAAGAGACACCCAUUACAAAGCUAUGCCAGACACAUAACAAAAUCACAGUGAAUGGACAGUUUCCUGGUCCAACUCUGCAUGUACGCAAUGGCGAUACUCUUAUCGUUAAAACAUAUAACAGAGCCAAGUACAAUGCCACCAUCCACUGGCAUGGAGUGCGGCAGAUUCGCACAGCGUGGGCCGAUGGAACUGGGUAUAUUACUCAGUGUCCCAUUCAGCCGCACGGCCGUUUUACAUACAAAUUCACCAUUAUCGGACAGGAAGGAACCUUGUGGUGGCACGCCCAUGUAAGGUGGCUCCGUGCAACACUUAAUGGAGCAAUAGUCAUUUAUCCCAAACUGGGAAGUCCUUAUCCCUUUCCACAACCCUCUGCUGAGAUUCCUGUUGUGCUUGGGGAGUGGUGGAACGCUGAUGCCGAGGUAGUGGAACGUCAAGCGUUGAUUACAGGUGGUAGACCGAAUUUAUCUGAUGCAUUUACCAUCAAUGGUCAACCAGGAGAUCUCUAUCCUUGUUCGACACCUGGAACAUUCAAUCUGCUUGUACAACAGGGACGAACAUAUCUCUUACGUAUCGUCAAUGCUGCGCUCAAUGACCACCUAUUUUUCAAGAUAGCAUCACACAGUUUUACAGUGGUCUCUGUGGACGGUUCCUACACAAAACCUUACACAACAGAUGUAAUGAUGAUAAGCCCAGGCCAGACUACAGACGUUCUCCUCACAGCCAACCAAGCACCAGGCAAAUACUACAUGGCUGCCAGAGCAUACACCACACAAACAGCAGGAAAUUUCGAUAACACCACAACAACCGCCAUUGUAAACUACAUGGGCUCUCCAUCAUCCACCACCCCAAUCCUCCCUCAGCUUCCAGCCUACAAUGACACUGCAACUGUGACUAGAUUCAGCCGAGCACUACGAAGCCUAGCCUCACAGGAGCACCCGGUGGAUGUUCCACAGACUAUAAACAAGAGAAUCUACACAACCGUAGGGCUGGGUUUAGUUCCAUGUCCAGCCGGUAUGACUUGUGCCGGGCCUAACAAUACCAGACUAUCUGCCAGCAUGAACAAUGUAUCUUUUGUGCUGCCCAAUAUUGCGAUAUUGCAAGCUUAUUACUUUGGCAUUAAUGGCGUCUUUACUACAGAUUUUCCUGCAAAUCCCCCAGUUCAGUUCAACUAUACUGGCAACAAUAUCCCAACAAGUCUCUGGACGCCAACUUUUGGUACCAAAGUGAGUGUGUUCAAUUAUAAUGAUACAGUUGAGGUGGUGUUCCAAGGAACGAAUAUCUUCGUUGCAGAUAACCAUCCAAUGCAUCUUCAUGGUUAUGAUUUUUAUGUGGUGGGAGAGGGCUUUGGUAACUACAAUGCUCAAACAGAUCCUCAAUCAUUCAAUUUGGUCGAUCCCCCACUGCGGAACACUUUUGGGGUUCCUGUGAAUGGGUGGGCUGCCAUCAGAUUUAGAGCUGACAAUCCAGGUGUUUGGUUUCUUCAUUGUCACUUUGAUGAUCAUUUAUCAUGGGGAUUGACUACGGUGUUUGUGGUGAACAACGGUCCUGGUUACUUGGCAACUUUGGAGCCUCCUCCUCCUGAUCUUCCCCAAUGCUAGCCGAGCAAUCCAUAAAAUUUGAACUUUACCGACCUAGAUGUUGUUGAUUUUUGUUAUUAUGCAAUAUAUAAGUAGAAUAAGUGUUAAACAAGGCUUGAAUCAUUCAAGUCGAAAUAAAAUGAGGAUGAAGACCCUUGCGCUUUAUUGCGUUAUGGGUAUUCUGUGUAAUCUUCAUUUUGCUUGUGGUUUUUGUCUUCGAGUUAAAUAAAAUGCAAUAUUUUCCUCC